AUGGCGCGUUUCGCCCUCUUCCUCUUCCUCCUCUUCUUCUUCUCCUUCUUCUUCUCGCUGCUGCUGUGCAAAGGCGCGCGGACCGAGGAGGACAGGCACGCGGCGGCGGCGGCGGCAGCGGCGGCGGCGGCGGACAGCAGCAGCGCGUGCCAGCUGAAGACCGUGACCGUGUCCACGCUGCCCGCGCUCAGGGACAACGAGUUCAGCUUCAGCGCUGCUCCAGGCUCGGGCAGCGCGAGCGCAGGUUCAGGGGGGGAGUCCCGGCUGCUGCUGCUGGUCAGGACGGACGUCCCGGGCCACAUCUCUGUACUGGACGACCUGGACAACACGGCGCUGCCCUACUUCACCCUGGAAAUGUCAGGCACUAGUGCGGAUAUCUCCCAAGUGCACUGGAAGCAGCAGUGGCUGGAGAACGGCACUCUUUUCUUCCACGUGUCCAUGAGCAAUCCGGAGCAGCUGGCCCAGGCCACACAGCCCACAGUGCGAGAACCUGCUCAGGGCCUACAUGAGCACAUGCACCUGCUGCACAUCUCCGUCAUGGGUGGCUUGAUUGCUCUCCUCCUCCUGAUCCUCCUCUUCACCCUGGUGCUGUACACUCGUCAGCGCUGGUGCCGGCGCCGCCGGGCUCCGCAGAAAAGCGCCAGCACCGAGGCCACCCACGAGAUCCACUACAUACCCUCUGUCCUGCUGGGACCCCCACAGACUCGGGAUGGCUUCAGGGGUCCACGGCCCCACCAGCACACCUCUGUCAUUGGCAUGCCCAUCCGUGAGACCCCCAUCCUGGACGACUGCGACUGUGAGGAUGAAGACCAGCCAGGGCAGCUACUGGACGGAAAGGCCCAGCUGGAGGAGGACUUCAGCAGCCAGGGCACACGCAGCGUGGACAGCCUGGGGAAAGGUGGAGGAGAGUUCAAUCAUAAACACAGCCUGGACAACAGAGUGAUGGACCCAAAGCAGGAGACAGUGGAGGCUCUGAUGCAGAGGUUUAAAGAGAGUUUCCGCACCAACACCACCAUGGAGAUCACACACUUCCAAAACGUCACUCACAGCUCCUCCACCGGCCGCAAACGAGAACCGAUUCACAACCGAGCUCCUUCAACAGGUGGUGUCUUUGGACGUCAGGUAGAUGCUGGAUUAGAGGUGGAUGAUGAGAAUCAGAUGAAAUUCUACACAGAACACAGAGGGCGCCGCCGCAGCAAAGGUUGUCCACAGAGCCCGAUGAGUAAGGCCACUCUGACGCUGAUCACCGUGAGCACAUGUGUGUUGGCCGUAGUCUAUGGCUCGCAGACCACCUGCCCGCUCACCGUUAAGAUCACCCUCCACGUCCCUGAGCACUUCAUCGCUGACGGGAGCAGUUUCGUUGUCAGCAUGGGCAGUUAUCUGGAUGUGUCGAACUGGCUGAACCCAGCGAAGCUGACCCUCUAUUACCAAAACAACUCAACUUCUCAGUGGGUCAGAGAUUACUGUGGUCAGCGGACCACUGAACCCUGCGAACAGCUGUGUGACCAGGACACCGGUGAAUGCAGCUGUUUGGAGGGUUACUCUCCUGACCCGGAACACAAACACCUCUGUGUCCGCACUGACUGGGGCCGCAACGAAGGGCCGUGGCCAUACUCAAAUCUGGAGAAGGGUUACGACCUGGUCACAGGAGAGCAGGCACCAGAGAAGAUCUUCAGGUCAUCCUACAGCCUGGGCCAAGGCCUUUGGCUGCCGGUCAGCAAGAGCUUUGUGGUGCCGCCGGUUGAGCUGUCCAUCAACCCUAUCGCCAGCUGCAAGACGGACGUGCUGGUCACAGAGGAUCCGGGGGAAGUCCGGGAGGAGGCCAUGAUGUCCACUUACUUUGAGACGGUGGAUGAUUUGCUGGCUUCAUUCGGGCCAGUGAGGGACUGCUCCAAAGACAACGGCGGCUGCAGGAAAAACUUCAAGUGUGUUUCAGACAGACGGGUGGACUCCACAGGCUGCAUGUGCCCUGAGGGCUUGCGGCCCAUGAAGGAUGGCUCAGGUUGCUAUGACUACUCUCUGGGCACGGACUGCACGGACGGUUUUAACGGCGGUUGUGAACAGCUCUGCCUCCAGCAGUUGGUGCCCCUGCCGGAUGAUCCGACGUCCAGCAACGUGCUCAUGUUCUGCGGGUGUGUGCAGGAGUACAAGCUGGCAGCAGAUGGCCGCUCCUGCCUCCUCCUGGCUGAUAACUGCGAAGGGCCCAAGUGCCCACGCCAGGACACGCGCUUCAACGACACGCUCUUCAGCGAAAUGCUGCACGGCUACAACAACAAGACCCAACAGGUCAACUUGGGACAAGUCUUCCAGAUGACCUUCCGGGAUAACAACUUCAUCAAGGACUUCCCUCAGCUGGCGGACGGACUGAUGGUCAUCCCCCUGCCAGUGGAAGAGCAGUGUAGAGGAGUGCUGUCUGAACCAAUGCCCAACCUGCAACUCCUCACAGGAGAUGCCCAGUUCAGUGAGGGGAUGGGGUAUCCCAUGGUGCAGCAGUGGCGGGUCCGCAGCAACCUCUACAAGGUUAAACUCAGUGCCAUCACACUGUCUACAGGCUUCUCUAAGGUCCUGAAGGCCAUGACGGCAGACAGCACUCGAGAUGAACUGCUCUCCUUCAUCCAGCAGUACGGCAGCCAUUACAUCUCUGAGGCUCUGUACGGCUCCGAGCUCACCUGCAACAUCUACUUCCCCAGCAAGAAGACCCAGCAGCAGCUCUGGCUCCAGUAUCAGAAAGAGGCGACAGAUCAGGGCAGCCGACGGGAGCUGAAGGCCGUCCCGUUCAUCAGCUACCUGUCUGACCUGCUGAAGUCCCAACUCCUGUCAGAUGACCUGGUGUCCGGCGUGGAGAUCCGCUGCCAGGAGAAGGGCGUGUGUCCCACAGCGUGUCACCUAUGCAGGCAGGCAGGCCGAGAGAGCCCUAGCCCCACCCCUGUCCUGCUGGAGGUCAGCCGCAUAGUGCCCCUCUACAGCCUGGUGCAGGACAAUGUCACCAAAGAGGCCUUCAAGAGCGCCGCCAUGAGCUCAUAUUGGUGCGCUGGCAAAGGCGAUGUCAUCGACAACUGGUGCCGCUGCGACCUGAGUGCUUUCGGCAAAGACGGCCUGCCCAACUGCAGCCCCCUGAGGCAGCCUGUGAUGAGGUUGGCUCCUCACUUUGAGCCAUCUAGCACAGUGGUGGGUUUGGAGUGGGUGGAUGUGGAGCCUCUGAUUGGCUACAAGGUGGCAGAUUACAUCAUUCAGCACAAGCGUAUUGAGGACCCGUCAGAGGCAGAAAUCUACACAGGAGAGGUGCUGAGUCUGGUGGAUGACUUGUUCUCAGGCUUGGGUUCCUCAUGUGUGGUGCCAGGAAGAAGAAGUGGAGAACAUCCUCACUCAGCUAUCUACUCACUGAUCUUCAAGUGCCUGGAGCCUGAUAGCCUCUACAAGUUCACUCUCUAUGCUGUGGAUAGCCGUGGUAGCCGGUCAGACUCUACCUAUGUGACCGUGCGCACCUCCUGCCCGAUGGUGGACGACAGCAGAGCAGAAGAGGUAGCAGACAAAGUGUACAACCUGUACAAUGGCUACACCAGCGGCAAGGAGCAGCAGACGGCCUACAACACACUGAUGGAGAUUUCACCGCCCAUGCUGUACCGCGUGCAGCACCAUUACAACUCGCACUACGAGAAGUUCGGGGACUUCGUUUGGAGGAGUGAGGACGAACUGGGACCCAGAAAAGCCCACCUGAUCCUGAGGCGUGUUGACCGGAUCAGCCUGCUCUGCCGCUCUCUGCUGCGGAGCGGCUACAUCCAGAGCCGGACGGAGAGCGUGCCGUAUGUGAUGUGCCGAAGCGAGGAGGUGCGGCCGGCAGGCAGCGUGUGGCACAACUCGCUGCAUGACACACGGCUGGCCUGCGUGGAGAAACUGCUGUCCGUCCAGCGCAACAUAUAUGGCAAGUCCAAACUGCGGUGA